AUGUUGAUGAGUAUCAUGCUGGUAGUGGGUAUCUUUUCUGCAGAUGUUUUCGAAUGUGGACUCUCAGCGAAUUCUAAACACGACAAAAUAUGGAGACCUUUUCCAGAAAACGCUCCCAAGAGUCCUACUAGCAAAAUGAUCCGCAUGUUUAUUGUUGGUGGAACAAGAGCUCUGGAAGGCGCCUGGCCAUGGUACACGUUAAUUAAAUACAGGAGUUUGAACGAUGGUAAACUCUACAUUUGCGGAGGAUCUCUCAUAUCAGCGAACCAUGUUCUCACCGCUGCUCAUUGCGCUGUAGAGAUGAGCGUUGAAGAUACGAACGUAUCCAUUGGCACAACUUUAUCCGGAAUAAAAGUACUGCCUGAAAUAACCUACAAUCUUAAGAAAAAAUUCAUCUACUCAAAGUAUUCGGCGAAUAUGGAGAAGAGCCCUCGCCAACUUCAUGACAUAGCAAUUUUACAGCUUUCAACUCAAGUGCAAUUUACGGAACAUCGAAGACCUAUCAGCAUUUCUUCUCCACCGAGUUAUCUUGCAAAUAUUUCUGCAUACGUUACUGGAUUCGGAGCAUACAAUGUUGGCGAUGAUAUUGGCACAAGCAUAAGCGACUACCUUCAGCAAACAAGGCUACCUCUUCUCACUAAAGAAGCCUGCUCGCAACGAUGGAGAAAACUGAAGAGUUACGGUGGAGGAUUCGAUAUUGCAUCUACUCAACUGUGUGCAGGAUCACUAGGACACGGAACUGCGCAGGGAGACAGCGGUGGUCCUCUCAUGAUCAGAAAUGAUGAAGGACAAUGGUACCAAAUAGGUAUCACAUCGUUUGGUAUUAACACAGGUCCUGGGUACUACGAUCAAAAUAUGGCACCUGGGAUUUACACACGUGUUUCAUCUUAUUGCGAAUUCAUAUCCUCUUCUACUAACGGAGAAGUCCCAUGUGAUUCAGGAAACUACCACCUUCGAACUUUAGCUACUUUUAUGUUACUGUUGACUGCCUCAUUAUCAUGA